AUGCAGAAUCCAUGGAGAGUUCCAAGCCCUGCCUCCGUCGUGAGCCCCCUGAUGUCCACCGCUGAUGAAUCCCCCCCUCCCCUGUUACCACCUGACCCUCCUAACCCUGCCUCAGAUCUAUCUCCCGUGUUUUUCCCACCCCUCUCUGCCACUUCUCCUUCAACUAAAACCAGAUCUAAAACUGUCCAUAACUCCACUCAAAAAGGUGUUCUGGUCCUGUCUUCUUCUACUGCUCCUCAGACUGUUGAUGUCACAAUGACUUCUCAAGAUGACUCAGCUAGCCCUCCUCAUAUCAUCCAAACUGGUCCUGUUAGUGGAUCUGAAACUUUACCUAGUGACCCAAAUGGCCUCAUUUUCAGUUUUGGGGACCAAAUUGAUAAAAUACUGAGCAUCCCUUCCUCUAACCAUUCCUCCAAUCCACUGCUUAACCCCCCUCAAAACCUGAACCCUAACUUCUCCAUCUUGCAAAACCCUAACCCUAAACACUCCUCGCCUCUUCUUACAAAUAGAGCAUCUGCCCCCUUCCUCGAACUACCUGUGAAAAAUCAAUCAAACCCCUCUGCUUCAGCCCCACCUGAAAACCCCUCACAACCUCAAAUGGCUCAAACUCCUGCUCAAACUCCUCUACCACCCCGCACCUAUCCAGCCUCUACGCCAUCUCUAGUGGAAAGAAUUCGACACUCUGAGGACAAGACUCUAAAACGGCUAGCCCCUGUUUCCCUAUCCGACACUGGCCGCCCUCGAAUCAUGAUCCCAGACCACGUCUUUGAGAAAGGAGCCGAGAUACACAAGGAUUUCAUAGUGUGCUACUACAAUGGUAAGCCUCCACCGUUCAAGCAAAUCCAGAGUGUGUUUAAUCACAUGUGGGGGAAAGGAAGAAGUCUAGAAAUCCAUAACAACCCACUAAACAGAUCAACUCUUGUGAGAAUUCCAAGUGCUUACCUGAGGCAGAAAAUCUUGGAAAAAUGCAUCUGGUAUGUGGGUGAUUCCAUGUUUCACACUGCCCAAUGGACAUCCGAGCACUCCAUGUCAACGCCUCCUCUAAAAGCCAUUCGGAUCUGGGCUCAUCUCACUGGUGUGCCGCUUGACCUGCGAUACAAUGCAGGAUUAAGUUUAGUGGCAGGUUUGAUAGGUGAACCAAAGGAAACUGAUGAUUUUACCAAAAAUCUAGUGAGCCUUACUGUGUCGCAUGUGAAAGUUGAAGUGGACCUCACGAAACCUCUUCCUGAUAUUGUGGAAUUUCAGAGGCAAAGUGGUGAGGUUGUAGAAGUUCAAGUCCACUACCCUUGGACGCCUCCUACUUGCUCCCACUGCAAAGAAUUGGGGCAUAUAAUUAGAAAUUGCCUUCUUUUCAUCCCGCCACCUCCCGCUGAUCCUGUCCCUCCUAAGAAGCCUUCAAACCCUCCUCCUCCACAAAAAACUCCUCGCAAGGCUGCUUCAAAUACCACCCGAAACCCUCCCUCUAGCUCCUCCUCUCGUAUAAGACACCCCCCAUCAUCUACAACUGAAUCUUUAAACCCACAAAAUUCUUCCCCUUGUCCUCCCCCUCCUUUUGUUCCGCCUGUCACCUUACUUCCUUCACCAGCUCCACUCUUACUCUCCCCUGAAUUACCUAGGCCCUCUCUAAAGCGCUCUCGCUCCUCUCCCACUUUUUCCCCUUCCAUUUGCUCAAACCCCAAACCUUUCACCCCUCUUCCUUCUGACCCUGUUCAAUCCCUUUUAUUCUCCUCUAACCCUUUUGCCUUGCUGUCUCCUGGUCCUUCAAACCCUUUAUUAUCUUCUAACUGCCAUUUGGAAAAAUUUUCUGAUCCUUGCUCUUCAAAAUCUCAUGUUAGAGAACUCUCUCUGAUGCCUUUGAUGAAUAAGAUCUGCCCAGGCUGGAAUUAUGCCUCCAAUCAUGCUUCUGAUGAAGAUGGCCGGAUCAUUAUUAUCUGGAAAGAUCCCCUUACCAUCCAAAUUCUCCAUCAGAGUAACCAAAGCCUAACUUGCCUGAUUACAAUCCCAAACAAAGAUCCUAUAUACUACACUGCUGUAUAUGCUUCCAAUCUGGCGGAUGAUCGCACUGAACUGUGGGCUGAUCUGCUCAAUCUCCACUCGGUUUUUGACUUGCAAGACAAGGUCUGGUUUGUGGGAGGUGACUUCAAUCAAAUAAUCCAUGCCACAGAGCACUCCUCCAGUUCAGUAUCUGCUCGUGACUACCAGAUGUACCUGCUGCAGGACUGUUUCCUUCAAGCAGGUCUUUUUGAUCUUCGGUUUAAUGGUCCCUCGCACACAUGGAAAAACAAUCAGCCCUCUAUGCCAAUCGCCAAAAAGCUAGACAGACAGCUGGUAAAUAACAUUGUUAUCUCUGUCUUCCCUCAUGCCACAGCACUAUUCCUUCCACCCUCUAUCUCUGACCAUUCGCCCUGCCUCCUUGACCUAGCCUACCAAUUACCUAAAGCCGGUACUCACCCUUUUAAAUUCCAAAAUUACCUCACAAAACACCCGGGAUUCACUCAGCUGGUUUUGGACGCGUGGACUCGCGCUGGAAGUGGAUGCUGCUCUCUUGCUGACCUGUGCUGGAAGCUUAAGACCAUCAAAACAGAUUUGAAACUCCUAAACAAAAACAAUUUCUCAAAAAUUCAAGAAAGGGUUUCAGAAACUCACCGUUUGUUGGAAAUUGUGCAGGUACAAGCCUUAGAGACGCCUACUACUGAGUUGUUCCAGGAAGAGAGAGACUUGAAUGACAAAUGGCUAUUCCUACGACAAAUUGAGGAAUGCUAUUUCAGACAGAAAUCUAGAAUUAACUGGUUGAGGGAAGGGGAUCUAAAUACCGCUUAUUUCUUCAGGAUCUGUCAGGUCAGGGCCAGCUACAACGCCAUUCGCUCCUUCGUAACGGUGUCCGGUUUACUGAUCACUGAUCCACUAGAAAUGAGUCAACACGCUGUGGCUCAUUUCCAAGCUGUUCUUGGCCCUCUACACGCUCACAGACCACCAAUUACCUCUACAACUACCUGGUUUCAGCAACUCUCCUCCUUCACAGUCUCACCUCAACAAGCUCAACUCAUGAAUGCAAUACCAACUGCUGCGGAUAUAAAGCGCGUAUUCUUCAAACUCAACCCAAAUAAGGCGCCGGGUCCAGAUGGUCUGACCUCGGGCUUCUUCAAAGCAUCAUGGGAAAUAUUAGGAGAGGAGGUGGUGAGCUCUAUUCAGAACUUCUUCAGAACCUCUUUUUUGCCUGCAACAGCGAAUGCCACAAUCUUAUCACUCGUUCCGAAAUUCCCUGGUGCCUCCACAAUCACAGAGUAUCGUCCUAUCUCCUGCCUGAACACUGUCUAUAAGGUGCUUUCUCGCCUCCUGGUGGCAAAAUUAAAACCAAUCUUGCAGCCUUUCAUCCUCCCCUGCCAGACUGCGUUUGUAAAAGAUAGAUUAUUGGUGGAGAACACAACGCUGGCAAGUGAGCUGAUAAAUGGUUACCAUAAGAAGACUUGUAGCAAACGCAUAACUAUCAAAGUAGACAUUGCAAAAGCUUUUGACACUCUGUCAUGGGAGUUCCUGUUUACCUGUUUAGAGAGUCUGCAGCUUCCAAGCUUGUACCGGUCCUGGCUGAAGGCUUGUAUCUGCAAAACAAGUUUUAUGGUUGGUUAUAAUGGCACGGUGAAUGGUUAUUUCAAAGGGAAGAGAGGACUAAGGCAAGGCGACCCACUAUCACCUUACUUGUUUGUUAUGGCUAUGAACUACUUGUCUCUCAUGCUAAACAAAGCGGCUGAAGCAAAUAGAAUCAAGUACCAUCCAAAGUGUAAUGCCAUGAAGCUUACUCACCUGUCGUUUGCAGACGACUUGCUCAUCUUCAUUGAUGGUUCCAUCGAAUCAGUGCAAUGUGUUCUUCAGGUUUUACGUGAUUUUGAGCUCCGAUCAGGUCUUGCGGUUAGCUUCCAGAAAACUAGUUUCUACUCUUCGGGUUUAUCUGACCAGGAGAAUGAUGCAAUCAAAGCUUCUACUGGUAUGACGCUAGGUGAUCUCCCAUUCAGGUAUCUAGGAGUUCCCCUCAACUCAAGAAAAUUAUCAUUGCCAAACUGUCAGCCACUGAUCCAACAAGUCAAAGGAAGACUAUCCUCAUGGUCAGUAAAAACUCUCUCCUUCUCGGGCCGUUUACUCCUGAUCAAGACGGUCAUCGCGGGUAUCACAACUUUCUGGUGUUCUGCCUUCAUCCUCCCUAAGGCCUGCAUAAAAAAGAUAAACUCCAUGUGUAAUCUGUUCCUCUGGAAAGGAAACUUGGACGGUCACCACGCUUCAAGGGUGGCAUGGGACACUGUUACGUUAACUAAAGCGCAGGGAGGGUUAGGAAUCAAAGACCUACUAACCUGGAACAAGGCUUGCUGUUUGCGACUCAUCUGGAUGCUUUUCUUCAGGGAGGAAUCAGUUUGGGUGAUAUGGUUUAAGGAGGUUAUCCUUAAAGGAUCAAUACAUAACUACUGGACUGUCAAGACAAGUCAAAAACACUCGUGGCUGGUAAAUAAAUUGAUAAAGAUGAGGCCGAUCGUCUACCCUCUGAUAAAGUUGAAAGUGGAGGAUGGUCGCUCUGCUCUAUUCUGGCACCACAAUUGGGCUCCUGCAGGUUGUAUUUCCGCUCUCGAAACCUCCUCAAACUCAAGACUAGGGAUUCCGCACAAAGCAACUGUGGCUUCGCUUUGUAGAAAUGGGAACUGGUUGCUUCCGCCUGCGAGAACAGAAGCAGCGUUAGAACUCUAUGCCUUCUUAACCACAAUCCAGCUUUCUACAAAUGUUGAUUUCUAUGUGUGGAAUCUUCAGGGGAACAGUGAAACAAAAUACAAAACUGGAGCAGUAUAUACUUACUUGAGAGGUGAGAUUGAAGAUAAAGGUUGGGCAAAGCUGAUAUGGUUCUCGCGCUCUAUACCGCGCCACUCCUUCCAGGCGUGGCUAGUCUACCUGAAUCGUUGCCCUACUAAAGAUAGGAUGAUAGGUUGGGGCCUUCAUGUUGAUCCGAUGUGUGUGCUUUGCAACUCGCAAUUGGAAUCUAGGGAUCAUCUGUUCUUCGAUUGUCCAUUCAGCUAUGAUCUAUGGACUUUGAUCGCGUCUAGGUGUUGUCUUCGACCUCUCCGAUCUUGGGGUCAGACGGUGGAUCAGUUGACGGCUUUGGUGGGUGAUAAAGCAAAGCGCUUGCUCUCUCUUCUAGCCUGGCAAGCCACCAUUUACUGGCUCUGGACUGAAAGAAAUGGGAGAUUGCAUGCCAGACCUUUUACAACGACAACUGCGAUGUACUCUGCGAUUGAUCGUCAAAUCAGGAAUAAAGUUCAGAGCUUCAGAGAAAUCAACCCCUCUCUCUCGACCACGAUGAUGCAGCGAUGGUUCUCCACGGGAUGA